CCAGCAUCUCAUAUUUAACCCCGAUGAGUCGUCCUAUAGUACAAAUAGUAGCAAAAGUAGUUUUAACAUUAUUUAUAGUGAUAAUGAUACUAAUGUAGCAGUGGUGGGACAGCCCUAUGAGAAUGCCUCAAUGGGUAAUGUGCUAAAUGCUAAUAAUAGCAAGCAAUAUGUGAAUAGCAAUUCUUCCAUUCUGGAGUCCCCUCGUUGUGUGCCCGUUGAUUGGGACUUGCAGUUUUGCACUUUAGUGGGUGUUCAGAGCUUCGUGGUGCCCAAUUUCUUCAAUCAUAGCAGCAUGGCGGAUGUCCGUGAGUUUUAUUUUCAUUGGGAAUGGCUCCUGAAGUCACGCUGCCACUGUAGCUUGGAGUGGUUUUUCUGUCUGCUGCUGGUGCCCAGGUGUGGGUCAGAGGGCCCACGUCCUGCCCUGCCCUGUCGCAGCUUCUGCGAGGUCCUGCUGGACAGCUGCUGGAGGUUCCUUGAUGACGGCCACUUCCCCGUGGCCUGUCACUCUCUUCCCGACGAGGAGGACGAUGGCAAUCAGUGCCUAUCAGUUAGUAGCUGGAAAGACGAUACCAUCAUAUCCUUACAGCAGCUGAUUGGAGACCCCAACCCUUCUGAUCUCACCCAAAUCGACACUCCCGAUAAUACCCCUGGCUAUGUCUUUGGCCCGGACACCAACAUUGGCCAGAUAGCCCGAGGCCAUUUUCCCACCCCCUUCUUCCGCCACUUCUCCAUCCUCUUCAACCUGAAACCUACGUCCUCCAAGGCCGGUGUCAUUUUCUCCAUCACCGAUGCCAGCCAGCAAAUCAUGUAUGUUGGCGUCAAGCUGUCAGAGGUGAAUAACGGAAGACAAAAUGUCAUCUUCUAUCACACGGAGCCUGGCUCCCAGACCUCCUACAUGGCGGCCAGCUUCAGCGUGCCCUCGCUAUUCGACACCUGGAGUCGGUUCGCCAUCGCCGUGUCUGAAGAUCAGAUCACCCUCUACAUGAACUGUGACACGGAGCUUGACGCGGUACGCUUUGAGCGUUCUCCUGACGACAUGGACCUGGAAGCUGGGGCAGGUGUCUUCGUGGGCCGGGCUGGGCUGGCAGAUCCGGACAAAUUCCUGGGAGUUAUUAGUGAGCUGAAGGUGGUGGGAAACCCUCAGGCCGCCGAGAGGCACUGCGAGGAGGAGGAAGACGAUUCUGAUGCCGCAUCCGGUGACUAUGGCAGUGGAUAUGAUGAGGAGAUGACUGCCAAGGUAGUGCCACCACCCCUGGCCCCCAUUCCACAGCCUCCAGUGACCACAGACUCUAUUAAACUGACAGAGACACUCCAUGCAGCAGAAACUGGGCACAGAGGGACAGCCCAUGAGUCUCACAGCCAUUUGGUGGAGUCCAGACCUGGGCUAACAGGACCACAAGGACCAGGUGGCCCUAAAGGAGCGAAGGGGGACAAAGGAGAGGCGGGAAUUAAGGGAGACAGGGGUCCUGCAGGGCCCAAGGGAGACUCGGGGUCGGAUGCUGGGACACGAAGUGUGAGUCGCGGAGAUAAGGGUGACCCAGGGGAGAAAGGAAUAAAGGGAAGUGCUGGAUUUGGCUAUCCUGGGGCAAAAGGUGACCAAGGACCCCCUGGCCCCCCUGGACCUGCUGGGCCACCUGGUCCUGCUGCGGAGCUCGUGCACCGUGGGGAUGGAACCGUGGUGCACCAGAUCCCAGGACCCAGAGGACCACCUGGCCCUCCAGGGUCUACUGGCCCAGCAGGACCUCCAGGAGCCGACGGAGAGCCAGGUGACCCUGGUGAAGACGGUAUUCAAGGUUCUUCUGGACCACCAGGCUUCCCAGGAAGCCCAGGCGACCCUGGAGUUAAGGGAGAGAAGGGUGACCGGGGCGAGGGGCAGCCUGGCCCCAGGGGAUCUCCGGGGCCCCCUGGACCUCCUGGACCAUCUCGUUCUGAUAGACCUACAUUUGUCGACAUGGAGGGAUCAGGAUUCCCUGAUUUAGAGAGUUUUCGGGGUCUGCCAGGUCUUCCUGGUCCCCCUGGACCUCCGGGCCCCCCGGGGCCAGCUGUCCCUGUUGAGUCAACUAGAAUUGAUCCACCUAUUGGACCACCAGGAAAAGAUGGAGCUCCUGGCCUACUGGGCCCCCCUGGUCCAGCUGGUAAAGACGGGCUUCCAGGAGCUCCAGGAUUACAAGGAGAGAAGGGUGAUGCAGGUGAACUGGGUCUUCCUGGACCAGUGGGAGAAAAGGGUUCUCAGGGUAUAUCUGGGGUCCCAGGGAAGCCUGGAGAAACUGGACUUGCUGGACUGCCUGGACCAAUGGGACCUGUUGGACCCCCAGGGCCACCAGGACCCCCAGGACCUGGUUUCGGUGUUGGCUUUGACGACGGGGACUUGGAAGCUUCAGGUGUGGGAUUUUUUAGUGGAGCUCCUGGAGUGAGAGGACCUAAAGGACAGCAGGGACCUCCUGGAGUUCCAGGCCUAUCAGGAAUGCCAGGGCUUCCAGGACCACCUGGGGAGCAGGGGAGCGAAGGUUCCCAGGGACUGGAUGGCAGACCAGGAUUGGACGGCUUCCCAGGACCACAGGGUCCAAAAGGUGACAGAGGAGAAAAGGGCGAUAGGGGGGAGUCUGGUCGAGAUGGAGUAGGAAUUACUGGGCCUCCAGGACCCCCCGGCCCCCCAGGACAGAUCAUCUACCGGUCUUCAGCCAAUUAUGAUGAAAUCACUGGAACUCAGGGAUCUCAGAGUGCAAUUGGUCUUCCUGGCCAAGCAGGAUUACCUGGUCCUCAUGGACCAAAGGGUGAAAAGGGAGACCCGGGUCUCCCAGGCUACGCAGUUAAGGGAGAGAAAGGGGAACCUGGCGUGGUCAUUGGACCUGAUGGAAGUUCUCUGUCUUUGUCUGGCCUCAGAGGACAGAAGGGUGAUAGAGGAUCGCCUGGGCUAGUCGGACCACCUGGCCAGUAUGGUCCUACUGGAAUGAAGGGUGAAAUCGGAAUGCCAGGAAGGCCUGGACGCCCUGGCUUGAAUGGGUAUAAAGGUGAAAAAGGGGAACCAGAAUCAGGGGCAGGAUAUGGAUAUCCCGGUCCUCCAGGCCCUCCUGGGCCACCAGGACCUCCAGGACCCUCAGUAUCACUGGACAGGUUUAGCAGAUAUGAUGAUGGCUCCAGAUUUUAUCCAGCUAUGAAAGGAGAGAAGGGGGAUCGUGGUUCCCCAGGUGCUCCAGGACUUUCCUCAAAUUUGGACUUUUACACGUUGAAGAACGAGCUGAAGGGCGAACAAGGAGAAUCUGGCCUGAAAGGGGAGAAAGGAGAGCCGGGCGGGGGGUACUAUGAUGCUCGCUAUGGUGGAGGAUUGGGGCUUCCUGGACCUCCUGGAAAUCCAGGAUUACCCGGACCAAAGGGAGACUCUAUCAGAGGUCCUCCUGGUCCCCAGGGCCCACCAGGAGCCCCAGGGAUGGUUUACGAGGGUCAUGCUGGGAACCCAGGCCCACCCGGUCCACCAGGUCCUCCUGGGCCUCCAGGGUCACCCUCACUGCCAGGAGCCUACAGGCCUACACACACCAUAAGCGUGCCAGGACCCCCAGGUCCUCCUGGGCAACCUGGACCUCCAGGUUUGUCUUCUGUGGUAACAGUACUGAGGUCAUAUGAAACCAUGAUUUCCACCGCACGGCGACAAGCUGAGGGGACGCUGAUCUUUGUCAUGGAGAACGGAGAUCUCUAUAUUCGAGUCCGAGAAGGAUUCCGACAAGUCAUGCUUGGAGAUUACAGGCCUUACGCAAGAGACUUGGACAACGAAGUUGCAGAAGUUCAGCAGCCUAUUGAGAUCCCCAAGACUCCACAACAAUCGCAACAAGAUAACCGGAACACCGAUUACCCUAUCAGAUACCCCUCCCAACCUGACACAAGAUAUCCAUCACAACCAUACCCUGUAUACCCCUCCAAUACUGAGCCUAGAUACCCCCCACUGCCAGACAAUGGGUAUAGUCCCGUCCAGCCCGACAGUAGAUACUCCAGCAUUCCCUCUCAAAGACCCAGUCCUCCAAAACCACAACCUCCCAGCCAUGCACAUACAGUUGGACCUGGGCUGCAUUUGAUUGCCCUUAACAUGCCACAAUCCGGGAACGUGCGGGGCAUCCGAGGGGCAGACUUCCAGUGCUUCCAGCAGGCCCGUGCCGUGGGUCUGACAGGCACUUUCCGGGCCUUCCUGUCCUCCAAGUUACAGGACCUCUACAGCAUCGUCCGCAAAUCAGACAGAGACAGCAUGCCCAUCUUGAACCUCAAGGACCAAGUGCUGUUCAACAGCUGGGAGGCUCUCUUCAGUGACUCAGAGGGCAAGAUGAAGGAGAAUGUACCAAUCUACUCUUUUGAUGGUAGAGAUAUCCUCAGAGAUAGUGCCUGGCCUGAGAAGAUGAUAUGGCAUGGCUCGAGUCCCAGGGGCCACCGUCAGACAGACAACUACUGUGAAACUUGGCGGACAGCGGAUCAGGGGGUGACCGGCCUGGCAUCUUCUCUGUGGGCUGGGCGGCUUCUGCAGCAGACGCCAAGCAGCUGCUCUCACUCCUACAUCGUGCUGUGCAUUGAGAACAGCUAUGUCACACACUCCAAAAAAUAAUGCUGGCUCCUUCCUUGUGAGAGGAAGCCUAAGGCACUCCUCCAAAUAAUCGCGAACCCCCCACUUAACACACCUUCAGUUUACAAUAAAUUUGUAAAACAAAAUGAUGCACACGCAUAAGCUGUUUGAAUAGGGUUUGAGGAUCCUGUUUUCUCCCACGGUCCCCUCUGUAAUGCCAAAGAGUUGGAUCUAAAACAAAGGGGGUUUUGUACCUUUUUGGGGGCUAUUUUUGGCACAUUUUCUUAGGGGUUGAACCACAGAAUCUAAACGCUAACCUUGGCACCAUUUUUAAUUGUAACCAUACAAGUUUUGUAUAUUAAAUGUUUGCAUUUUUUUUUGUGUUACUUUAAAAUGUCUUGUAAGAGUUAUAUUUAACCAGUUUGUGUAACAUUUUUUUAUGGCGUUUUCAUCUGAGGAUUCAUGGACAUUGUGAAGCAGCAACCUUCAAAGACGAUUUUAGAAUUCAAAAAAGAAAAUGGGUAUUUAUUUUGAAUUUGACAUGAAAAUCCAUACAAAUAUAGGCACUUUUUUUCUCAGAAUCUUUUUCUUUCUCAGAAUAAUGUACACUGGUUAAAGGAUAGUUUUGGAAAAUUAAAAUCACGCAUCCUAGGCUAUUGUGCUAGCCUGGUCCUUAAAAACAAGAUUCUGAGAAACUAUGCUUACAGGCUAAGUUCUUAUAAUUAUGGACAGCAUCGCAGAUAUCAAAAAUGUGAUCAUCAGUAUGAUUUCAUUAUGGAUGUAUACUCCUACCACGUACCACAUUUGCGAUAUGCAUUUACAAGUCACGUGACCUGCAGUUUCCUUCAGGCACCUGCAUAUUUUCUGCUAAUGCAACAUUUUUGUUGCAGACAAAUGGUACAUGAAAUUCAGAACUGUUAAAUGUAUAUUAAUAACAUUUUCCCCUCUUUCUUGGUAUAAAAACACAAGAACUUGGUGCUAUAUUUUAAGGAAUCCUCCAAAUGAAUGUGUUUGAAGGGCCAGAGACGUUCCUGUGGUCGCCCCUUAAAAAGUGCACGUCUGGGACAGAUUCCUUCAGUGCUACUGAUGUAUCCAGGCUGAACCAGUACAGAAACUGUGGAUCCCAGUGUGUUUUGUAACCAAUAUGUGCUGUAUUUCUCCUAGGCACUGAAUAAAUUAAAAUUUUCUUUUAUAA